GCCUGCGCUGGGGGGGAGAGAGCACAAACUUGCGUAGUCUUGCCACGGUUUUUCCCCCGUCUGCUCGCCUCUCUCCAUGAACUCGCAGCGGGGAGAGCAGAAACCCGUCGGGACUGUCGUUAUCCCGGGUAUGGUUUGAUUCCGGACAGGAGCGGAGAGGAGCAGCAGCCGUGAGAAGCGCUGGCCGCAGCCGGAGAUGAGAUGUUUGCUCGGGCCGACGCAGCUCCGCAGCUCCCGCCACGGGCCGCACUCUCCCCGCACGGUAACCCUGUCUAGGCCUGAACUGUGCAGAUUGUUCUGAGAGGAAACGGAUAACAAACAGGGGAAGUGAACAUGGCUGGGACCUCUGGCUUCUUUUCCAACGGACUUGUUCCGUGGAUGGACAACGAUGCAGAGAUGAACAACCUUUACAGAGACCUGGAGCUGGGCACGGUACUGACAUUGUUUUAUUCUAAGAAAUCCCAGCGGCCAGAGAGAAGGACUUUUCAAGUAAAACUGGAGACCAGGACUAUUAUCUGGACUCGGAGCACGGAUAAAAUAGAAGGAGAGAUUGACAUUCGAGAAAUCAAGGAGAUCCGUCCUGGUCAGAAGUCCCGGGACUUUGAGCGCUACAUGGAGGACUCUGCAGUGCGGCUCGAUCAGGCUCACUGCUUUGUCAUCCUGUAUGGCACAGAGUUUCGCCUGAAGUCCCUCAGCCUGGCAGCAACGUCUGAUGAAGAGAUGAGCAUGUGGGUGAAGGGGUUAAACUGGCUUAUGGCAGAUACGCUGAAGUCCCCGACCCCGCUUCAGAUAGAGAGGUGGUUACGCAAGCAGUUCUACGCAGUUGACCGUAACAGAGAAGACAGGAUAUCCUGUAAAGAUCUGAAGAACAUGUUGAGCCAGGUCAACUUAAGGGUGCCCAACAUGAGGUUCCUCCGAGAGAAACUUCCGGACUCCGAGUUGAGGAAUGGAGAUGUAACCUUCAGCCAGUUUGCCCAUCUGUAUCGUAACCUCAUGUUUGAUGCUCAGAAGAAUUUGGAGAUCCCAUUUUUACAAAGGUUCAUUGAUAGACCAGAACAGUCUAUCUCCCUAGAGGACUUCAAGAGCUUCCUCCUCGACGCUCAAAAGGAACUGUGGGCCACGGAUAACAACAAGGUUCAGGAGUUUAUAUUUGGCUACCUGAAAGAUCCCCUAAGAGAAGUGGAACAGCCUUAUUUCCAACAAGAUGAGUACCUUACAUAUUUGUUCUCCAAAGAGAACACAAUCUGGGAUUCUUCUUUGAACCAAGUUUGUCCUGAGAACAUGAACAACCCCCUGUCCCAUUACUGGAUCUCAUCUUCGCACAACACCUACUUGACGGGAGACCAGUUUUCCAGUGAGUCGUCUUUGGAGGCCUACGCUCGCUGUCUGAGGAUGGGCUGCCGCUGUAUUGAACUGGACUGCUGGGAUGGUCCAGAUGGCAUGCCAGUCAUUUACCAUGGACACACCCUCACAACAAAAAUCAAGUUUAGUGAUGUCUUGGCCACCAUCAAAGAACAUGCCUUUGUCACAUCUGACUAUCCCAUCACCCUGUCCAUCGAGGACCACUGCAGUAUUGUGCAGCAGAGGAACAUGGCCACCCACUUUAAGAAGGUGUUUGGAGACAUGCUGCUGACCAAGGCGGUGGACAUAGCAGCAGACGGCCUGCCCUCACCUAACCAGCUCAAGAGGAAGAUUCUCAUCAAGCACAAGAAACUGGCAGAAGGCAGUGCCUAUGAGGAGGUGUCCACGUCCACCCCUUACUCGGAGAAUGAUAUCAGCAACUCCAUCAAAAAUGGCAUACUGUACCUGGAAGAUCCCAUUAAUCAUGAGUGGUACCCUCAUUUCUUUGUACUGACCAGCAAUAAGAUCUACUACUCAGAAGAGACCUCUAGUAACCAGGGUAACGACGAGGAAGAGGAGCACAGAGAGGUGGCCAAUGGUAUGGACCAGCACGUGACAGAGAAAUGGUUCCAUGGAAAGCUUGGUGCUGGCCGGGACGGACGUCAGAUAGCAGAGAGGCUGCUGUCUGAGUACUGCCUUGAGACCGGAGCUCCUGAUGGUUCCUUCCUUGUCCGGGAGAGUGAAACUUUUGUAGGAGACUACACGUUGUCUUUUUGGCGUUCAGGGCGGGUGCAGCACUGCCGUAUCCAUUCUCGCCAGGAGGCAGGUAGCCCCAAGUUUUACCUGACUGACAACCUGGUGUUCGACACACUUUUCGCUCUGAUCAACCACUACCAGCAGGUGGCCCUGCGUUGCAACGAGUUUGAGAUGAAACUAACCGAGCCGGUGCCUCAGACCAAUGCCCACGAGAGCAAGGAGUGGUACCAUGCCAACCUCUCCAGGAGUCACGCGGAGAACAUGCUGAUGAGGGUUCCUCGUGACGGGGCUUUCCUCGUCAGGAAAAGGGCUGAACCUAAUUCCUUUGCUAUUUCAUUCAGGGCCGAGGGCAAGAUUAAGCACUGUCGAGUGCAGCAGGAAGGUCAGACCGUGGUGCUGGGAACCUCCGAGUUUGACAGCCUAGUAGAUCUCAUAAGUUAUUAUGAAAAGCACCCUCUGUAUCGCAAAAUGAAACUACGCUAUCCUAUCAAUGAGGACACACUGGAGAAAAUAGGCACUGCUGAGCCAGAUUAUGGGUCACUGUAUGAAGGAAGGAAUCCUGGAUUUUACGUGGAGGCUAACCAAAUGCCAACUUUCAAAUGCACGGUGAGAGCCAUGUAUGAGUAUAAAGCCCAAAGAGACGAUGAGCUGUCCUUCACCAAGAAUGCCGUCAUCACUAAUGUAGACAAACAGGAAGGAGGAUGGUGGAAAGGUGACUGUGGGGGGAAGAAGCAGAUGUGGUUUCCUGCAAACUAUGUUGAAGAGAUUAGUCCUUCAGCAGCAGAGCCUGACAGAACUGAGAUGACAGAAAACAGCCCACUGGGAGAUCUGCUGAGAGGAAGUGUGGAUCUGUCUGCCUGUCAGAUUUAUUUGCGUUCUGAAGGAAAGGGCAGCAGACCUCACGUCUUCUCUCUCGUGCCAAAUACCCCGAUGCGCUCAGGCCCAGUCCUGGACGUGGCUGCCAACAGCCCAGAGGAGCUUAAGGAAUGGGUGCUGAAGAUCCGAGAAGUCACAAUAACCACAGAGGCAAAGCUGGAGGAGGGGAAGCUGAUGGAGAGAAGGAAGAAGAUUGCACUGGAAUUAUCAGACCUGGUCAUCUACUGUAGGCCAGUGCCAUUUGACGAAGAAAAGAUUGGCACAGAGCGGGCCUGUUUCCGUGACAUGUCAUCCUUCCCUGAAACCAAGGCAGAGAAGUACGUGAACAAGAUCAAGGGGAAGAAGUUCCUGCAGUACAACCGACUGCAGCUGUCCAGGAUCUACCCCAGAGGCCAGCGACUAGACUCCUCCAACUACGACCCGCUGCCCAUGUGGAUCUGUGGGUCCCAGCUGGUGGCACUUAAUUUCCAGACCGCAGAUAAGCCCAUGCAAAUGAACCAGGCACUGUUCAUGCUGAAUGGAAGGAGUGGUUAUGUCCUUCAGCCCCCCAUCAUGAGGGACGACAGCUUCGAUCCUUUUGACAGACAUACACUACGAGGAAUUGAACAAGUUACUCUGGAAAUAGAGGUGUUGGGAGCCAGGCACCUGCCCAAGCACGGACGAGGCAUUGUCUGCCCUCUCAUUGAGAUUGAGGUGUGCGGAACUGAGUAUGACAAUGCCAAGCAAAAAACAGACUCGGCAGCUGAUAACGGUCUGAAUCCCACGUGGCCAAGGAAGUCGUUCAGGUUUACAGUGUACAACUCUGCUUUCGCCUUCCUGCGCUUUGUGGUUUAUGAAAUCGACAUGUUCAAUGACCAAAACUUCCUGGCUCAGGCAACAUUCCCAAUUCAGGGCCUAAAGACAGGUUACCGGUCAGUUCCUCUGAAGAACAGCUACAACGAGGAUCUGGAGUUGGCUUCUCUGCUAGUCCAUUUGGAUAUUGUCAGAGGCAGGGAUGAAAAUGGUGAGGUUCCGAGUCCAUUGCUGGCUGUCGGGACCUCGUCACUGACAUCGUCAGCCCAAGUAAGGCGAGAGCGUUUUGGGGAGCUGAGCUCGGUGUCCUCGACCUCCUCCAGCAUGUCUCCUCUGCCCCAGUCGCCUGCUCAGGCCAUGUCCUACCGGGGAAGGGAAGGCUCCUUUGAAUCCCGCUACCAGUCCCCUAUAGAAGACUUCAGGGUGUCGCAGUAGACUCUGCUGGACCACGUGGACCUGCAGAACCCGAGGAUGUUGGGGAGGACCGGAGAGGGCGAACAGAACCGUGUCUGAUUCCAAGCCAACCAGGACUAAUUUCUGCCACAGACCCCCCCCCCCCACCCCAUCGUCCUUCCCCACCCAAUCGCCUCUCCCCGUACUGAUGAUGUCACUGACUGCUGUGAACACUGUUUCCAUGGAAACGCCCACCACCACUUUGGCCUACAUUUAAGGCUGCUCUCCCUCCCUCCGUUCCUGAAAGGCCCUGCUCCCCCACCCCACCCCAACACCACCCCCCCUCCCCGCCCUGCCCUCCUCACAGGAAGGAGGAACCUGGACACUGGAGGGGCAGGGUGGCAGAGAGGAAGCUGACUGCUGUGGACAGGAAGAAAAAAUGACUUUCACAGCAGAACAAAGAGCAAGGCUAUAAAGAUGUUCAGCCCUGGACUGUGUUUCACGGGGCAGAUUGUAAUCUCUUGUGUUUUCAUUAUGCACAACAGCUGCUUAGUUUGGAUACAAGAGAGAUCUAGAAAAAGGUAUCAAUUUGAAACUGUGUUCAGUUAUGUUUCUGUCCUCUUCUCUUUUUUGGCAUAUAUGAAUAUAUAUAUUUAUUCCUGCUGUGCUGUUGGCCAGACAACAGCAGCUGACAUUGUGCUCUCAAAGAGCUCCUGUCUCAGUGUUUUUAAUUAUGAUUAUUUAAACCUUUUAAGAUUCAUAAUGUGACCUUUUUUUUCUUCUUUUUUUUUUAAAUGUUUGUGUAAAACAUGGGGGCUCUCUUUCUUCUUUUUUUUAAUGUAUCUUUCUUCUUUUCUUUGAGAAGGACUUUACAUGCCUCUGGAUGAACUCAUACUUUAAACCUGAGCUGAGAUUACAUUUUCUUUUUAAACCUUUUUUUUCAUGGCGCCAGGAAGAAGUCAUAGCCUGUUUGUGUUGGAAGCAGCGAGAGCAAACAAGGUCAAACGUUUGCACAUACUUUUUAUUUCUUAAUUGCAUUCCAAAAAAACAAAAACUGCACACCAUUCCACUGUUCUGCGUUGCUUUACAAGUCUGACUUCAAACAUUUGUUCACUGACAGUUCUUUUCCUGCAGGGUUCAUCCAGUUGUGUGAUGAUGAGAGAGCAGGGAACAAUGUCAAGCCUUUAAAAGGUUGUAGUCUGAUUGUUACUGAUCUGUUUUCUUAAUAAUUGGCUCUUUCUUUUUUCCCUCAUCAGUUAAUGUGUUGAUGGCUGCAUAGUUGUCUUUGCCCCUUUUUAAGGGGCCGUUCACACAGGGCUCAGGGCUGCAUUCAUGCAAAUCUUUGCGCUCAACAAUUUGACCAUUAUUCUUCAAUGCAGCAUUCAUGUUCACAUUUUAUUCAGGAGACAUUGUAUAUGUUUCAGUUUUAUCACUAUAUCAUCAAUACUGUUACUAUGGAAAAUUGAGAUUGUAAAAGUUACUUGAUUAACCCUUCAGCUCAGUGUUCUUCAGAUUUAUGAGGUUUUAGUGUAAAUGAGGAAAACAAUUUCUCAUUCCGACCGCUGCGUGUUAACGUUGGUUUUAGGUCCUAAAGGUGUUUUACUGAAACCAGAUUCUUUGGAGUUUGUCAGUUAUUUAAAAAAAAAAAAAAAAUCAGUGUUUCUGACCAUACUGACCAAGCAUAACCAGAACCAGUGUAAGAUAUAAAUCAUGUCGUCUGGUGAAGCUAGCUACACCACAGUAACAUAAGGGACCUUUUUGUUUGUGCUGCUGCUGAGUUUUGUCCCAGACAGUUGUGAGGAUUUUAAAUUAGGCUGCCUAAACACCCGACUGAAUUGCCACUGCCCAUUAACUUGUGAUUUUGUGCAAAAAAAACAAACAAAAAAGGUUUGCACAGUGGGAAUACAAAUUGCUGUAUUUCACGUUUUUGGCAUUCUUAGCUUUACAUUUUACCAUGAGGUGUGAAUCCAGAGCAGCGUUUUUCCUGCUUGUACAUGAUUAUAAAAAGUAAGCUUGAUAUCUCACUCAGUGUUUGACUGCUGAGUCACACUUAAGCCAUAUGGUAUGAUUUAAGGUAAAAGCUGUGUCAGGAGUGCGUGCGUUUGUUUGCACCCCGGUAUCAAUCCCCUAAGCUCCUUUGUGUUAAAUGUAUUCUUCCUUCUGUUGUGGAUGAACGGUCUUUGUGGACAGCUCAUGUUCCAGUGCUCUUAUUGCUGAUCUGUCUGCAAAGCUCUGUGCCUCCAUGUGCAUAUGCCACAUAAAAGCAACAUCUUUCACCUGCACAGCCAUCAGGCACCCGCACAGAUGUUAUCACUUAUUUUGACUGUUUCUCAGCCUUGUUUGAGCAAGUACAGACCAUGUUUGACAAGUUGCCGACGCUUUGAUGUACCUGUUAUAAAGGCACCAAGUAUGUUUUCAGCCACCAGUAAUGAGGUCUAUUCAGAGUAACUGAGAACACCUAUGUGGAUGCACAGUGUACUAAACUGUCAUUUUUUUCCUUUUUUUAAAUUGUCCUAGUGACAGCCUCAUUUACAUUUGCCUUCCUGUAAUGUGCCUAAACUAUGGAGAAGUAUUCAUCUUAAUUUUGCCUUUCAUAUAAAACAUAUUCAAGGCUGAAAAGUAAAUAAAAUACUCACUGCUUUAUA